AUGAAAACGGUAACAGCCUCACCGGACUGUUGUUUGCUCAUGAAGAAAAAUCAUCGGUGGACAUGGGAAUCACCCAAUGGCACGGCUCGUGCGGAGAUUGAACACAUACUCACCAACCGAAGGUGGUGUCUAUAUGAUGUCGCAGUAACACCAUCCUUUUCUAAAUGUUCUGAUCAUCGUCUCCUUCGUGCAAAAAUGCGACUUUGCCACAUGAUGGAAAAGAACAUCUGCUAUCAGCGGAGGAAUACGAAGUCGUGUAGUCGAAGAGGAAAGAAAGAAGUCGUUUUCUGCGAUUGCGUACUAGAGGACUCUUUGUCCAAAGGUGACUGGCACAUCGAGGAGGACCCGAACGUAGACUACGACCUGCUGCUCAGAAGACUGACGCUGGAUGGAGCCCAGCCUCAAGAACAAGCUGGAUUUCGUCAGUGGUUCAGCUGCUUGGACCAUACCCAGACGGUAUCGAGAGGCAUAGAGGUUUUUAGGGAAUAUCGCCUGCCCCUUGCUCUAACCUUGGUCGACUAUGGGAACGCUUUCGACAGCGUACAAAGGAAUGCAAUACUGCCAGCGCUUGUUGAUCAAGAGAAUAAAACUGCGAAUAAACAGAAAGAGGGCACAGUUCAUGAAGAACGCCUACUACGAGGACGGAGGAACUUGAGGGCUCCCAAAUUGUUGAAGCUUCGUUGUAUGUUGUAUGUUGUAUGCUUCGGACGCUCUAUGAACAUGGAAGACGACUCGAAGGAAGAAGUGAAUAGAAGGAUGAGAGCAGCAUGGGCAGCAUUCGCCCACACGUCAGGGAAGCUACGCACCAACUAA